UUUAUUUUUACAUUUCGUUUUGUUGAUGUUCAUCAUUUUUGUAACAUGUGAAAUUAACUUUAAGGAAAAGUAACAUAUUUUUUCUUAAAGAAUCAUAUAUAUUAUAUGAUUUAAAAUGGAAUCGUCUGAUUUACAAAUUAAAAUCGAACCAGGAUCAAAUUCGGAAACCCAAGCAACAGAUGAAGCUAAUAAUCUAUUGAGAAAUGGGAUUUUAGUAGAAACGAGCAAAGGCCUAAUUUGUAUGUCGUUGAACGACGCCCUAUCAUUGGAUUUAAAUUUAUCAGUAGACGAUUUGCGUAACGUCGCUGCAAAAUUGAUUUCAGAGCAGAAUGUAGUGACCCAUCCGACGAAAACGUCUCAUACGAAUUUCAAUUUUGAUAGCGACGGAUUUUCCAGCGAAUGUAGCGAUAUUAGUACUACAACGUCAGGCUCCAUCGCACAAUCGAAUUUCAAAUCGCUCCCUCCCCUAAUAACCGAUCCUAAUUUAAAAUACGAAACUACCAUAAUGGUGAGUAAACCGAAUUUGGAAUCUAAUGAAAAACCUGCCGAUAUCAAAAUUGAAUUGAUCCCAAAAAGUGAAACUGAAAACGUGGUCGUUCCUAUUAAAAUGUCUAUAGAUAUAACUAAACCAAAGAAAGGUAGAGGAGGAUGGCCAAAAGGGAGGAAAAGGAAACCAGAGCUUCUUAAUCUACCCCCAAAAGCCCCCGCGACGGGGUACACUUUGUACCUCAAUGAACAAAGGAAACUAUUCAAGGAUAGCAGCUUGGCAUUUCACGAAAUUACGAAAAUUAUGGGUAAUAAAUGGUCGAGUUUAACUUUGGAAGAAAAAAAACCGUAUUUGGAAAAAGCUGAAGAAGAUAAAAAGAGGUACAGAGAGGAAUUGAAACAAUAUAGACAAUCUGAUGCUUAUAGGACUUAUUUGACCAAAAAGAGAAAAAAAAGACUGCAGAAUAAUGUGCUAUCGGAAAGUGACAUGGAUGCAACGGAUGAUUUUGAUGAAGAAGAUAACGAAGAAUUAUACUGUCGCACCUGCGAUCAAUGGUUUCAUAAUUUACAUAAUAAGAGGGAACAUUUACAAGGGAAACAGCAUUUGCAAUCCGUAGCAGGUGAUAUUACUAGGGAAUUGUGUUCAGACACCGAAGCCAUAGGUACCACUAGUACUUUCAGCACUUCCUUAGACGAAUCAAGCUUAGAUGGUAUGCCUAGCAUCAGAGUGUCUACUAGUAAUGGAGCGUCCAACUCAGUAACCGUCAGUGAUGCUAUGGCAAAUUUAACGGCAGUAGUUAGCAAAAGGGAAACGGAAAUGAAGAUAAUGUUGAAUCGACAGCGGGAAUUUGCUUCACAACAACAGGCUUUGUACAAUCAACUUCAUCAGUUAACGGAAAGACAUAAAAAAUUACAAAAAGAUCUAUUGUUGUUGAAAGAAAAGGAAAAAGAGACUGAGAGUCGUGUUUUUAAUUUGUGGCAAGUCCCCAGUUGGUUUAUAAUUUCUAAUGAUUCUAUUACUGACACUUAAAUUUGAUUUAUUUGGUUACAUCAAAAGAAACGAUGAAAUUACCAUUAUUAAAUUGACCCUGUAUAUAUAGAAUUAUUGUUAAGAAAUGUACGUUUAUAUGGAUAUAUAUAUAUAUAU